CUCAUAUCCUGCCGAGGUUAUCGACAAGACAGAGGUCUUCGUGAGAGAUAAUGAAGGAUCCGUUCCCAUUCAAACCGCCUUCAUUCCUUGUCCACGCAAUCCAGCCAUGGGCUGAAUUCUUUUCUCUCCCCACAUUGCCUCUUCACAUCCACGAAGUACUUUUCGCUUGCCUACUGUAUACAUUUAUCUACUGGCCCAUCUCGCCUUUCAUUUCAAGAUGCCUGGUCGGCGAGAGGUACGACAAGCUUCCCCGGAAGAGACGUGUUAACUGGGACGCCCACGUGGUCUCGUUGGUACAGAGCACGCUUAUCAAUGCUCUUGCGCUAUGGAUUAUGUUUGUCGACUCGGAACGGAACAAGAUGGACUGGCAGGCUCGUAUCUGGGGCUAUACUGGGGCUCUUGGCAUGAUACAAGCUCUCGCGGCUGGGUACUUCCUCUGGGACCUUGUUGUCACCAGCUGCAAUAUGGAUGUCUUCGGCCCCGGGACUCUGGCUCACGCCGUGAGCGCACUUCUCGUCUACUCCUUUGGGUUUAGACCUUUCGUUAAUUAUUAUGCGCCAACGUUCAUCCUGUGGGAGCUUUCCACUCCCUUUCUCAAUAUUCAUUGGUUUCUCGACAAGCUAGCCCUGACCGGGUCAAGGGCGCAACUCUACAACGGACUGGUCCUCAUUGCAACGUUCUUCAGCUGCCGCCUAGUCUACGGGACGUAUCAGUCAUGCAUGGUUUUGGGGGACAUCUGGGCUGCCCUCAGCACCGGCCCAGCGAUGGCCCCCGAUGGAGUGGGCGUUUCACAGAUCGGAUACAACGUGGACACAAUGGGCUUUGCAAAAGGGACAACUGAGAUCCCAUGCUGGCUUGCGCUAUCUUAUCUGAUCAGCAAUCUCAUCCUCAACAGCCUCAACUUCUACUGGUUUGUCAUGAUGAUCCGCGCAGUUCGGAAACGCUUUCAGCCACCUCAGCCGUCGGGUACAGAAACAAAGAUUCGCGGCCCCGUCGAUGCUCAUACUGAGGCCAAACCAGCGGCGGCCGUUGAAGGCCGUUUACGGCGACGAAAGGCCUGAAUAAGAUUUUGUGUUCCGGCGCCCAUUCUGAAUUACCUAACGCCCUUUGAACCCACAUUGGUAAAUGGGCAUGGUAUUGGCUACGCCAUGUCAUUGGAGCCCUGCAUUUCCCCGUGUCUGACUGGCUGCAAGCUGUCGCCGGCGCCUAUAGAAUUGAACUGGUAUCGGUCGAGGUUCCUUAUUCGGCUAUAGGCUUUGAUCUGCGUGGGAUGAUCUAAACGCAUGUCCUUAGCCGCGUCGUGAUGUACACGGCUCGAGUAAUGAGUGGAGGGUUUGGUGCCCCGUUAGGUUCUAUUCUGGGCAUUGAAUUCGCUGGCUCCCCAUUACAUGCCAAAAUCUCAACCGGUACCAGAUAUAGGUUGAUAUUAUGUCUGAUAAAUAAUAAAUGUCCUAUCCAAGCUUCCCUACGGCCAAGCAAAGGAAUUCUUAAUGCAUGAAACUGAAAGCACAUAACUAGGGACACAAAGUGCAGGUGCCGCCCCUCAGGAGUACAAGUGAC